CCGGCCAACAACAGCACCACAUGCACGGCUUGCCGCCGGGUGCCCACCAGCAGCCACCGGUCCCACCGUCGCUGUCGCACCCGCGCGACCAGCUGCGCGGCCCCGAGCACAGGGAACCCCAGCACCGGGGCAUGCCGACGCCCGGCUCCCCAACGAGGGGCUCGCCUCCCCAGGGCCUGCCCCUCUCACCGCCCCCGUUGUCGGGCGGAGGGGGCGCCGGGCCACCGGGGACGCCGGCCGGCAUGGUACCCAGAAUGCCGGGGCUGCCGCCACCGGGACUGGGCCUGCUUGGACAAUUGGGGGGCAUGCUGGGGGCCCACCACGGGUCACCGCUCGACCUGAUGGCGGCCCACCAUGCGGUCAUGCCGCCCAGGAACUACAGCAGCAGUCCGCCGCCGAUAAGUACGAGCGAUCCCACGGCCAACGAGUGCAAGCUCGUGGAUUACCGGGGCCAGAAGGUCGCGGCGUUCAUCAUAUCGGGGGACACGAUGCUCUGCCUGCCCCAAGCCUUCGAGUUGUUUCUUAAGCACCUGGUGGGCGGCCUCCACACCGUGUACACGAAACUCAAGAGGCUUGACAUCGUGCCCCUGGUCUGCAACGUCGAGCAGGUCAGGAUCCUCAGGGGCCUCGGGGCCAUACAGCCUGGCGUCAACAGGUGCAAGCUCCUCAGUUGCAAGGACUUCGACGUACUCUACAAGGACUGCACGACCGCCAGCAGGCCGGGCAGACCACCGAAGCGGGCCUCCGUCAGUUUGAGCCUCGCCGCUAGUCAUUUGGCCGCCCAGGCCGGCCACCACGCGCACCAGCUAAAGAAGCACCGACUCGACAACGGCGAUUACUACGAGAACGGACAUCUCGAAAGGGACCUUAAUCAGCUAGCUUAUCGGUUUGGUUUAGAGGUGCCACGACUGGAGAAAUCACCGCUGCUGGCGAACGGGUACAAUCAUCCACCGACGCACCUGAGCCACAUGCAGUUCAUGCAGCUGGGAGGCCACCCAGGCGCCGGUCACACGGCCAUACUGUCCCCGGCUAGUCUGCCCCAUCACCUGCAGGCCCAGGCCCAGGCGAGGGCCGCUGAGCAGGGGCUCAAGGUCAACCACAACAUUCCCAACAUGGAGACGCUCGCGAGAUCCGGCGCCGCUUGGGACAACUGCCGGGCAGCUUACGAGGACAUCGUCAAGCAGUUGGAAAGAUUAAGGGACGAGCGAGGCGACUCGGAAAGGGCCCUCGCGCUCGACCACAAACAACGGGACCACAGCUCGCACAAUGGUUCCUCAAACGGGCACAGUCCAGUGCUGAACCUGUCGAAAACGGCCGGCAGCGGCAGCGUGGGCGAGCACUCCGGCAGCGAGGCCGGGGCGUCGCACCGCUCGCAAGACGACGACGAGGAAGAGGACAACCUGUCCGAGGACCUCGAGGACGAAACCGAGAAGGACGAAGAACUGAUGGACGCGUCAGAGAACCUGCCGCUGACGGCGCCGGGCUCGGAGAGUCCGCCCCAAGCGCUGAACUACUCGCAGAUAGCGUCCGCCGCAGCGGCAGCGGCAGCCGUGGCGGUAGUGUCGCAAGCCGGCUCGGGUGCCGGCGGUGGAGGUGGUGUCAGCGGUGGGACCGGCAACGGUGGCAGCGUUGUUGGCGCAGCCACGAUAGGUGUCCCAGAGCCAGGCGCGGUAUCCAGCACGGAGACCCUGCUGCGGAACAUACAGGGCUUGCUCAAGGUGGCCGCGGACAAUGCGCGCCAGCAGGAGAAACAGAUCAACUACGAGAAAG